AGGAAAAUGAUUCUCUUUAUCAGAUGAUAGAUUUCUCUUAUUUUGUUUAAAAUUCAGAAGUUUAUAUAUUCACAGCUUCGAGUUUCACUAAUUGGAUGGACAAGCAGAGGUUGAUGAAGGAGGCAGCUCAAGCGGCACAAGCAGGAGACGUCAAUGUGCUGUAUGCAUUGUUUCGAAUCAAUCCAUAUGUAUUGAAGAGCAUUGAUGAGAUUCGAUUUGUUGAUACACCUCUACACAUAGCUGCAUCGAAUGGUCAUAUACAUUUUGCAGUAGAAAUGAUCAGCUUAAUGCCAUCAUUUGGUAAGAAGCUAAAUCCAGAUGGCUUAAGCCCCUUGCACUUGGCUCUGCAAAAUCGGCGUACCGAGACUGUGAUGAGGCUCAUAAAUAUUAACAGCGAGAUCAUCCGUGUCCAAGGGAAGGGGGGAAUUACUCCUUUGCAUUAUGUAGCUGAAAGAAAUGAAGUCGGUCUUUUGGCUGAAUUUCUAUGCGCUUGUCCAGAUUCUAUGCAAGAUUUGACAAUUCGAGGUGAGACUGCUGUGCAUAUUGCCGUGAGAAACCGCAAUUGCAAAGCUUUUGAAGUCCUUUUUAAUUGGAUUGAUAAGACCAAUAAUCUACCUUUGCUACAAUGGAAGGACGAGGAUGGCAACACAGUGUUGCACAUUGCCACGUACACCAACCAACCUCAGGUUGUGAAGAAGUUGGUUAAAGCUGUGGAGCUAAAAGGUGAUAAGAAUAUGCAGGGUUUGGCAGCUUUUGAUUUAAUUAGUAGUGACGAAUCAAACAGUGAGAUCAAAAAUAUGUUAGCUGCUUCAAGAUCAUUUACUCGUUUUUGGAAACCUAAUUCAGCUAGUGAUAAUUAUCUGGCAGACUUUAUAAGGAACAGACGAGUCCCUAAUAUCGUUAAUAUGAGAAAGAUGUCAAUUGAUUCGAAAUUGCGCGAAACGGUACUACUGAUAGCUGCUCUUGUUGCAACAGCCACCUACCAAGUUGCAGUCGCCCCCCCUGAGGGAAUUUUCCAGCUAGACGAAAACGGAAAGAGCAUGACGGCACUAGCUGUGCCUGAAAUUUUCUACUAUUGUCUUCUGUUUAUUAACUCAACAUCCUUUGCAAUCUCGGUUGGAGUAAUUUUUCUUAGCCUCCAAAUUGGCAUUCAUUAUCAGCUACUGCGACUAUGCUUAUAUUUCAUCAUGGUCAGCUAUAUAAUUUCAGUGCUUUUCACAGCACCGAAAAAUGUUUUCUCCUACAUGGCAGUCUCUGCACCAUUCCUUUUAUAUUUAUGGAGUGCAUUUGUUUACCUCAAAGAAAUAUUCGUCUUCACCAGGAUGCCCAUUGGCAGGUAUAACGCUUCUCGCUACUUUGAUAUGCGAAAGAAAAUGGUUGGUUGGGAUGCAAUUCACUGAUCUGAUCCACCCAAAUUAGGCGCAUGUAAUAAAAUCUUGUGUGUUAUUAAUUGUUGUAAAUUUCCCUUUUUACUUGCUGAGUGUGGUGAUAAUGUUUUUAUUUUUUAUUUUUUAUUUUAUUUAUUUAUUUAUUUUUUUUCUGUCUGGUGAAGAACUCCUACAAUGCUUUAGGGAGACUACAAACCUAUUCCCUUCACUUUGCAAGGAGAAAGAGAUGCCAGGCCUUGGUGGUGUGUUCAUGUUAUUGAUAAAAUAUUUGCAAAUUAAUAAACAAUUUGAUAGUGUGUUUGAUAUA